CGCGCCGCGCUCGCCAUGGGGCUGGAGAAGGAGAAGGCGGAGACGCGGAUUUUCAUGGACGACGACAACUUGAGCCGCGCCGGGGGCCCCGCGCUCUCCGACGUGGAGAAGAGCGCCGAGGACGGCGCGGACAGGGACCCCAACGGGCUCAACGGCCACCUCCAGCUGGGCUUUGAGGAUGUGAUCGCAGAGCCGGAGUUAACGCACUCCUUCGACAAGGUCUGGAUCUGCAGCCACGCUCUCUUUGAGCUCAGCAAGUAUCUGGUCUACAAGCUGGUGACGCUGCUGCUGGCCAUCCCGAUGGCCCUGGUUGCUGGGAUCAUCUUUGCAGCACUUAGCUGCCUGCACAUCUGGAUUGUGGUGCCCUUCGUGAAAACUUGUCUCAUGGUGUUGCCUUCGGUGAAGACUGUAUGGAAGAGCCUGACAGAUGUUUUCAUUGUACCGUUUUUUCACAGCAUAGGUCGAUGCUUUGCCAUGGUUAAUAUACACCUGGAUCGAGAGUAACUGUCAGGCAUGUGACGACUGUGAUUGCAUGUACUUGCAGAAGGUGUUAGACCUCUCUGUUAAUGUACCACACAAGCAUUUACUGCUCAUUCCAAACCGUCACAGUUACAGUGGCUGGUUUAAGUGGGAACAUACUAUUUUUCAUUUAUUUUCAGGGAUCAGCUUAAGAUAAAAUUAGGCAGUUUUCAUAUCUCACUACUUAACAACAGAAGGACCGUGGAAUGCAUUGGCAACACUUUAUUUUAAUGACACAUUGAUUGGCAGAAUAGAGAAGAAUUCUCAUAGGGGUAUAGUAGUUAUUACAGUAAUAAUGUUUUAAAUUCCUAUGACUAGAGUUAUUGCUGUAAAUAUCUUAAUUGGUAGGAUGUGAUACUUUGGGUGACACUGAUUUCUAGGGUGUCACAUUAAACUACUGGAUUGCACCAGAGAUCAUUCUGGCCCUUGGCAUGAUGUGCUCAGUUAUUAUUUGCAGCAGGUAAAUUGAAUAUCGUUCAUUGCAUGCUGCAUACAGAGGAGCGACUUGCUGUGUAAUUCUUCUGUACUGGGGAAUAGCUCCCCAGAAGUUUACCCCUUAAAAUAAGGUGUUAGCUAAUGAUUGAAACAUCAGCAAAUCUGUAUAUUUUAUUUAAUGAGAGGUUAACUUUGCUGUAUAUUUUGUACUUAUGUAAAUGGGACUUGAUUAUUAGUCUUUGAAGCAUUAUUUCUAUAGUAUUUCUAUUCUAACAAACUUACUAGGCAUAAAGUGACACACUGCAAAAAAUAGAUAGCAAAUUAUAUAAAAUUUCAAUUUAUAAAUUAUGCAGAUUUUUGAAGUGUUGCUGUGCAAUUCUAGUAUAUCCUUUAUACAUACUUGUGUGUAAAAGCAAAGAUUAUAAGUGUGUUUUCUUAAAAGACUAUGCAGGAGUUGGAAAUAUGUGUUUAUGAGAAUUGUUUUUUAUUAAAGAUGGGCUGCAGUAAACGCAACCCUACCUAUUUCUGUGCAUUAUUGUUAACAUUGUGAUAUUUUAAAUGAUAGACACUAUGCAGGCACUUUAACUAGAUAACCAGCUCUAAUAUAAGGCACAUGAGUGUAAUUGGCAACCUCGUCUAAUUCUCCUCACCUACUGACCUGAAUCUCUGCAUUGCUUACUUGCUACUUUAAAGCCUAACCCAUAAAGAGCCCUUCUUCCUUCUGCACCUAAAAGAGUUUUGUAAACUAGAAUAACAAAACAUCUGCAGAGGUACAUUAAGAUUACUUUAGCCUUCUGAUGGGUUUAUGCUGCUGUUUUAU